CCAAUUCCCAGCAUGGCCCUGGAGCGGGUCUGACUCUCCUCCAAUCGGAGAUAAAGUCCCAGGAAAGCGAAACGGUGAGCGAGUGUGCGGCUGUGUUCCGGCUCUCCGGGGGAAGAUGGCGGAGCGCGGGUACAGCUUUUCGCUGACCACAUUCAGCCCAUCUGGUAAACUUGUCCAGAUUGAAUAUGCUUUGGCUGCAGUGGCUGGAGGGGCCCCUUCAGUGGGAAUUAAAGCUGCAAAUGGUGUGGUAUUAGCAACUGAGAAGAAGCAGAAGUCCAUCCUGUAUGAUGAGCGCAGUGUUCACAAAGUGGAGCCCAUCACCAAGCACAUAGGCUUGGUGUACAGUGGCAUGGGUCCAGAUUACAGAGUACUUGUGCAUAGAGCUCGAAAACUUGCUCAGCAAUACUAUCUUGUUUACCAAGAACCCAUUCCCACAGCUCAGCUGGUGCAGAGAGUAGCUUCUGUGAUGCAAGAAUAUACCCAGUCAGGUGGCGUUCGUCCAUUUGGAGUUUCUUUACUUAUUUGUGGUUGGAAUGAGGGACGACCAUAUUUAUUUCAAUCAGAUCCAUCUGGAGCAUACUUUGCCUGGAAGGCCACAGCAAUGGGAAAGAACUAUGUGAACGGAAAAACUUUUCUGGAGAAAAGAUACAAUGAAGAUCUGGAACUUGAAGAUGCCAUUCAUACAGCUAUCUUAACCCUAAAGGAAAGCUUUGAAGGACAAAUGACAGAAGAUAACAUAGAAGUUGGAAUCUGCAAUGAAGCUGGCUUCAGGAGGCUCACUCCAACGGAAGUUAAGGAUUACUUGGCUGCCAUAGCAUAAUAAAAAAGUGACUGAGAAAUCCAAAUCUCACAUAAUCUGUCUAGUAAUACAUGUUUAAAGUAUGUUUUCAUUUUGCAGACUUUUUGCAGGCUUAUUUCUACAUGCUCUAGAGAAGAUGUUUUUAAAAUGAUAAUCAUAAUAAACUAUUAAAUCUAA